AUGGCUGUAGCACAAUUAUAUUAUUAUGUAGCACCUCGAAGUGAAAUUCAAAUUGUUGCUAAAUCACUUCUUCGUUUACUUCGUCAUCAUCGUGAAAUUCAAACAAUUAUUUUAAAAUCAAUCGUAUCCAUAGCUGAUAAACAUAAACAAAUAUUUGAACCAUAUUUAAAAUCAUUUUAUGUUCAUUCAAAUGAUAGUGGUCUUGUUAAACGUUAUAAACUUGAAAUUCUUACUACAUUAGCUAAUGCUUCGAAUAUAUCAACAAUACUUCGAGAAUUUCAAACAUAUGUUUUAAGUUCAGAUAAAGAUUUUGCUGCUCAUACUAUUCAUGCAAUUGGACGAUGUGCAAGUACUAUAUCUGAAGUUACUGAAGCUUGUUUAAAUGGCCUUGUUGCAUUAAUGUCAAAAAAAGAUGAAACAAUUGUUGCUGAAAGUGUUGUUGUUAUUAAAAAAUUACUACAAAUUAAUCCAUCAGAAUAUAAUGAAAUAAUCAAACAUAUUGUUCGAAUGGUUGAUAAAGUUACUGUUCCAAUAGCACGUGCUUCUAUAUUAUGGCUUAUUGGUGAAUAUUCUGAUCGUAUUAGUAAAUUAGCACCAGAUGUAUUAAGAAAAAUGGCAAAAUCAUUUGCUGAUGAAGAAACAAUAGUUAAACAUCAAAUAUUAAAUUUAGCUGCUAAACUUUAUGUUGUUAAUGCUAAACAAACUCAUUUAUUAGUUCAAUAUGUAUUUAAUUUAGCUAAAUAUGAUACUAAUUAUGAUACUCGAGAUAAAGCACGACUUCUUCGAGCAUUAUUAAUACAAACUGAUAAAUGUCCAACAUUAAGUAAACAUGCAAAAAAGAUUCUAUUAGCACCUAAACCAGCACCUAUUCUCGAAUCAAUUAUUCGAGAUCAUGAUCGAUAUACAUUAGGUACUUUAUCAUUUGUUAUUGGACAAAAAGCAGUAGGUUAUAAUGAUUUACCGGACUUUCCAUUGGAACCACCAGAUCCAAGUGUUCGUAAUGUUGAAAUAGUAAUUCCAGUACCAUCACAACAUGUCUCAUCAAAAAGAUCAAGUACAACUACAGGAGCGACAUUUGGAGAAAAAAAGAAAAGUGUUAAUAAUGAUAAGUUCUAUUCAGAUGAAGAGGAAGAAGAAACAUCAACUGAAGGACCUGAUACAGAUAAUGAAGAAGAUGAUGAUGAUGAUGAAGCAGAAGAAGAAGAAGAAGAAGAGCAAAACGAAGAAGAUGAAAAAGAAAAACAAACAACAAUACAACAUGAAAAUCAUACAAAUGAAUAUGAACAAUUAGAUGCACAAUCAACAAAUAAUAUUGAAGAAGAUAAAGAUGAAAGUGGUGAUAGUAGUGAAGAGGAAGAAGAUGAUGAAGAAAGUGAAUCGGAGGAAUCAACUGACGACGAAAAAGUAAAAUAUUUAUUCUACAUAGGACGCUCAAAAAAAAAUUCUCGAUCUAUACCGUAG